UUGCAACGUAAUGGUACGGUCCUGCGCGGGAGCGGAAAACGUGCAUCUGCGGAAAAGGAGCCCUGUUGAGUUGAGUGUUUUCCUGCUGCAAACGGUGCGACCGUAGCUUUUAUAUAAAUAUUAUCCUCAAAAUUUAAGGACGUGCGCGAACACGCAGGGCUUGACAACACGGCAGCAUGGCUCGGGACUGGAAGCCUGGCGACCUGAUUUUCGCCAAGAUGAAGGGUUACCCGCACUGGCCCGCGAGGAUUGAUGAAGUCCCAGACGGCGCCGUGAAGCCGUCCAAUAUCAAGUUCCCCAUCUUCUUCUUCGGCACCCACGAGACAGCUUUUCUGGGCCCCAAAGAUAUCUUUCCGUACCAGCCGAACAAAGACAAAUACGCCAAGCCCAACAAGAGGAAAGGCUUCAAUGAGGGAUUGUGGGAGAUUGAGAACAACCCAAAAGUUGAGCUCACUGCACCCAAGCCGGUUCCUCCAGACUCUUUCACCGAAAAGGAUUCGGACAGCAGCCCAGACGCAGAUGAGGACGCUGAUGACAAGGGGAUGAAAACCAAAGUUCCAGGAAAUGAGGCUGAGAAUGAGGAGGAGGAGGAGGAGGAGGAGGAGGAGGAAGGGUCUGUGAAGUCUGAGCAGGGUCCUCAGAAACAGGACGGUGUUCAGAAAGAUUCCACAGACAUUCCCAAACCAAAGAGGGGAAGAAAGAAGAAGAGUGAUGUCGAUCAGGAAACUGAAAAGGACGAUGCUCCUGCGAGUCCCGUUAGUCCUUCAGGUGGUGAGGGUCCUAAACGAAGAGGCAGGAAGCCCAAAAGUGAGAAGCUGCUUUUGCUCCAGGAGCAGGACCAGCAGGGCUCAGGAAGUGAAAUGGCCACUGGUGAGUCAGACAAAAAAAGGAAGAGGGCAACAGAGGACAAGUCUAAGAGCACCGACGAGGAGAAGAGAAAGAAGAAAGAGGAGGGAAAAGGAAAAGAUGCAGAGCUGAAGGAGCCUGAAGCCAAGAAGAAGAAACUCUCCAAGGAUGACAGCUCGUCUGGCUCUGAGGAUGAGGAGAAAAUCAGAGGCAGAAAGAAACAGCAAAAUGCAGAAAUGGACAAAGAUGCACGGAGACGAAAAGCGGAUGAAGUGAGAGAGCCGAACAAAGAUGAUGGUAAGAAGAAUGAAGAGAGGACAGGAAUUAAGAAAAAGGAAAUGUCCACUGACAUGAAACUUCAGCAGCUGCACAGUGAAAUCAAGAUUUCACUGAAAAUUGACAACCCUGAUGUGAAGAAGUGCUUGGAGGCGUUGGAUGAGAUUGGUGCCCUUCAGGUCACGACCCAGCACCUGCAGAAGCACAGCGAACUCAUUGCCACGCUCAAAAAAAUACGCAGAUUCAAGGCCAGCCAGGACAUCAUGGACAAGGCCACCAUGUUGUACAAUAAGUUUAAGAGCAUGUUCCUGGUUGGAGAAGGCGACUCUGUGCUCAGUCAGGUGCUCAACAAGUCUUUAGCGGAGCAACGUCAGCAUGAAGAAGCCAAGAAGGGAGCCUUAAAGAGAGAACAGACCAAGGAAAACAACCCAGACAAGAUGCCAAACGGCGAUAUCGGCCCUGAAGAGAAGAAGCUGGAGACGGAGGGGGAGAAGCUGCAGGAAGACGCCUCAGCAGGAGAAAAUCACAGUGCCCCUGCAGCUGAGGAGGAGUCCGCCUGAUGAUGCUACACGCCAGAAGGAAAGAGAAAACCUUUGCUGCUGUACUCAGACUGAUCAUCGGUUUCCAGCUUCCUGACGGUUUCCGUUUUGCUGCUCAUAGGUUUAGAACGUGAACACCCUCCACAUCCGGGGAUUAUGACUGACUGCAUAUUCUAUUUUUGUACUUUGUGUAAUCUUUACCUCUCAGACACCUUGCAAACCCACACGCAUCGUCACAUCUGCUGAGUUUGAAUAAAUGCAGCGUAACACAGUGUAGAUCUGCAAAACUGUGAAUUUAGAUCUAAGCAUGAUCACAAGUUUAGCAGCUUAGCGUCCGAUGUCCACUUGGAGUCAAUGUUUACGCUAUAUUUUCUAUUGAAUUGAAACUCUGAUUCUGACAUUUACGCAAUUUGACUUUUACUUGCAUUACAGAUGUUUAGCUUUAGUUAGAAGCCUCAUUAUGUCUGAUCAUAGUGACUGUAGUUAUUUUCACCUUUUGCCAAGAUGAUGCUUUAUUCUUAACAUGUUCAAGUGUCUUUUUUUAGUGUCUUCUUUUAACAUAGGUGUAAAUAAGAGUAUUUUUGUGCCUGUCUGUUGACCUGUUCAGCAUCUAAUAAUAAAGUAGUAAUAUAGUACAA